UGGCCACAGGCCUCAAUUCUACUCAUGCGUUCAUACUUCAAUAAACCCUCGUGGGCAAGUCGAACGGACGAAAAUGGGGACUCGGAAUUUUACCGCCGCGCUGGUCAGGUGUACAGAGACAUUGUCGCUACAAAUAUAAGCGCACGUGAACGGCGAGUGAACUCCCUUCAAAGCAUUACGCACAAACGUCGACGCCUUUCGAACUCCCCGCCCGAUGAUCCCGUUUCAGAUAUGAGAAGCAAACAAGAGGUGGCAGUCAAACCAGGAACCCCGGUUGAGAAUUCUCCGCCUUCGCAACCUGCGUUUGGGCAUAACACGGCUAAUAUCAGCAUUACCGAACCCCAAUGGGCACGCCAAGGUUCGAUAUCCAAUGAAGUACCAACAAUGGUCGCGGAAGGUUCAACGUCCCCAACGUCCCCAGACUCACCGCAGAGCAGAAUGCUGGACAUGCGGGCGGAGUCUACACCCUCGCCUUCAGUCACGAAUAUUGGCCCGGAGGCAAAUGUCCAUACAAAGGGUCGCCUGAAAGGCACAAGGGUGCGGGACGAGCCAGGCAUAACUCGUAGUGACCGAAACACUGCUUAUGAUGACACAGUUGUCCAUAUUCUCAUUACGUCAGAAAUCGCCAAUACUAAGCCCCUUGUUAUCCAACGCAAAAUGUCCCAGUCCUUGAAAGAAGUGCGCCUUGCAUGGUUUGCUCGCCAGGACUUGCCCAAGGAUCUUCAACCGACAGUAUUUUUGACUUGGAAAGGCCGCAGACUAUUUGACGUCACAACUUGUAAAAGCCUGAAUAUCAGUGCUUAUACCAAUGAAACAUCACCCUUUGACGAGUUUUUCAGCGAUGCAGAUGCGUGUCGAGUAUAUAUGGAAGCCGUUACUGAAGAAAUAUACGCAGCUAGACAUCGAUUUUCACCAAACGUGGUUGGGGUUGAUCCAGAAUCAACCGGGUCGCCUCACUCAGAGGGUACCGAACAGCAUGCUAAAAAUGAAAUCAUACUCAAGUGUCCAGGGCACGAUGAUUUUAAGAUACAGAUCCCGUUGACAACAACCAUAUCCCAGGUUAUCGGAGCAUUUCGUGAAGCGAGAAGUAUUUCUCCUGGACUAGUCGUGUAUCUGGCCUUUGAUGGAGAUCGACUGGACCCCCAGUCUUCCCUGGAAGACAAUGAAAUAACGGACGGAGAUCUAGUUGAUGUUCUUAUAAGGCAAGAGUUCUGA